AUGUCCGAUUUGGAUACCAUUCCCAUCCGCGGCAAAUGUGCAAAAUGGAAAAAAAGCCGGGCCGUCGACUAUUACCUCCGUCAGCGCCAGUCCUUAGAAGUCAUUACAAAAUAUCUGAUUGACCCCCAAGGACUUCUCAGCAAAAAUCAACGCGAACAAAUCCACGCAAACUCGGAUUUAAAAAUUGGAUGCAAAUAUUCCCUGAACAAGCAGCGACGAUGGGAGCACGCUAGCCCGGCCGUUCUUGCCGAAAUGCAUCCGGUCACAUGGUCGAUGGGCAAAGACCUGGACACAUAUUUGGCGCGGAAUGAAGCGUAUCGCUAUCGCGAUAAUAUCACAGACAUGCAUCGCAUCUGUAGUGAUGGAUGCAUUACGUCUGUCCACAACACUGGAAGGAUGACAACUAGAGCAGCAAUGGAAUUCAAUUUAAAUGGAAAUCCACAAUGGCCGCCCCGAAAAAAAAAUCCGAAAUGGAAGGACGUAAUUAUCCAACCGCAAUUGCUAUAUAUGAUCGAUGGGUUGUUCGAUAACAAGGGACUCUACUAUAAUAAUUUCCGGACCGGAGUGGAUCAUUGGUGGAGGCACUGGCUCAAAAAAGAAAAUCCUUUUGCCGAAAUUGACGCAUACAGAACCGAGAAUUGCGAUGGUGCUCGGCAUGUCACGGAUGAAUUGAUUCUGGCGGAAACUACAGCUGCUCUUCUGGAUGAGCUCCAUUUGGAAUGUGAUCCUGAGGCCAAAGCUUAUAUGAGCGAAUGUUUGAAACUUCCUACCCUGGGCGACUUCGUUGUUCCCAAUCGACGAUCGCAGCGUCGUCAUGAUGCAAGCCACAGAAAAGAAAACGUGGAGAAGUCUUCGGAACUUCUUGACGCAGAGGACAAGCCCGGCGAAAGCUAUAGGCAUCCGAUACCUAGUGGGAUUACUGCGACAAUUGAACCUAUUGUUAUUUCGUAUCUUGGAACUCUCUAUGAUUUUCGUCUGGAGGUUCGUCAUCUCUCGGGGGUCGCUCCCAAGUGGUUGAACACGACGGUUGUAAUGUUUGAUUUGAAAGAUUGUCGCAAUAUCGCGUCUGCGAGCUCAUUUUCCGCCUUUGUAUUUAUCGAAUUCAUCUUGGAUGAGCUGAGAAUCACCGUGAACAGUUGUACGCAAGUUCCUUGGCCUGAAAUACCUUUUUUCCUAAAAUAUUCAUUGCGCAAGGAUAUGCGUGGAUUGCUCAGUAAAAUGCUCGAAGACAUCAUUCUGCACUUGGACAAAUUGGAUGCUGACAGGCGUCCUGACAAACUCACGGGGAAGGCACGAUUCCGCAAAUAUCCGCAGCUUUUUGGCCGACAACACAAUUCGAUGCUUACCGCGCAGAAUUUCUUUUCAAACGAAAAUGGCGUGGCUGCCAGGAAUGACCCAACCGGUGAUUGUGUAUGGUGUCAUGUAGCACUCCGUGGAUUUGAAUAUUUGGACCUGAAUUUGAACGUGCGGGUGUGCCAUACCUGCCUGCGUCAAACUUUUUACCGGCAAAUCGAGUUCCGCAUUCCGCUGCAGUUGCCUGCUUCCCAAUACUCUAUACAUGAUUUGGCUAUAUUCAUGCUUCCACUUCCGAUCCUCAAGGAUUAUCUAGAUGACAUGGCUCCAACGGCACUACCUGACGGAUUUUGGACAAGUUGUCCGCAUUGUAGACGUGCAUUAUCUAUUCCAGAAGAAGAUCCUUCACAAGGAAAACCAGCAAUUGUUUGUUCCGAAUGUGGAAUUUAUUUUUGCCCGAACUGCAUGUCCGAACCUCAUUUUCUAAUGGACUGCGACGAAUAUCGAAAGUGGACGGCUGUUUUGGAUGAUUGUUAUGCAUUGGCUAAAUUUCCGACUGCUGCAGCAAUCUGGCGAGUUAAUUGCGUGUGUGGCGCACUUGUGGAGUUAUGCGGAGACUCGCCCACCGCCCAAUGCAACCAUUGUCGAAUUGCAUUUUCGCCGAGGAAUAUCCAGUUACGUGCUAGCGCUAAGAAUAUAUUGCUCGAAGAUGGGCGUUGCACUGAGGAGCAGCGCAAUUAUUCCUUUGAAGAUGGCAAGUUUACCGUCAAGUUAUUAAAUAGAAGCCGAGUUGCUUUGGCAACGCGAUAUCGAGAGAAAGCCAUCAAGUCACGGAACUGGCUGCUUGAUCCCGUGGAACAGAGAAAUCUGUUGGUGAAGCUCAGGGCACGAAAUAGUCGUGAAACAUCCAUGAUGGCUCUAGAAAUCUGCAAAUUGGGUUUUGUUCUGGUCAUCAACGGGCUUGGAUAUUUAUAUUUACGGAAACAGGAAAAGCGCAGAGUUCAGAUGAAACGAAUUACAGCGCUUUGGGAAAGGCUGCAACGAUUCAUUGAAAAUGGCGAUGCGGGCGACUACAAGGUACUCCGGCUGCAGAUAAUGGCUUUAUUCAAGCACGGCCUA